AGACAUCUGAAGAGAACAAACAGUGACAAAGCAUCAGCUGAGACACACGAUGUGGCCAUGCAGACUUCCUCUGGAUCAGUGUGGAAUAAAAUAACCUCACAUUGGAGCUAGACGUUCAGCAGAACUUGCUGCCUGAGAAACACACACUCUGUGAUGCCAAACAAAAUCUCUAAAGAAAGGUAACACAUCUGGAAUAUUCCGCAUGUCUUCGGAAGUCUAUUUAAAAGCCAAUGUGAUCUUAUGUGGGCAAACCAGUUCCAAGUGUCUUAUCCAUUUAAGGAGCCAAGCUUUGGCUUCAAGAAGGUCCUCUGGUAGAGACAAUGGCACAGAAGAAGAUUUCGCACAGAGCACCACCUGAUGGUGGCUGGGGAUGGAUGAUUGUAGUAGGAUGUUUUUUUGUUACAGUUUGCACUCGUGCUGUUACAAGAUGUAUCUCCAUAUUCUUUGUUGAGUUCCAAGUAUAUUUUGGCCAGGAUUACUCAAGAACAGCUUGGAUACAUUCCAUUGUUGACUGCUCCACUAUGUUAUGUGCUCCUCUUGGAAGCUAUGUGAGCAACCAUGUCUCCUGCCAAGUGGGAAUCAUGAUUGGUGGACUUCUUGCCACUACUGGACUAGUCCUAAGUUCGUUUGCUACAAGUCUGGAGUAUCUAUACCUCACGUUAGGAGUCCUCACAGGUGUUGGCUUUGCACUAUGUUACAGCCCCGCCAUUGCAAUGGUAGGACAAUACUUUGAGAAAAGAAAAGCUUUGGCGUAUGGAAUUGCUAUGUCUGGAAGUGGGAUCGGAACCUUCGUUUUAGCUCCCGUCGUUCAGCUGUUAAUUGAACAGUAUUCCUGGCGUGGAGCAUUACUGAUUCUUGGAGGAUUUGUCGCAAACCUCUGUGUUUGCGGAGCUCUAAUGCGACCUAUUAAGUUUAAGGGGGAAGACUUUACACAUUAUCCAUUAAAGCAAGAAGUUACUCCAGAAGAAUCCAACAAAAAUAAUGUACAUUCAACAGCUACAUGUACGUCACUGGGCCCGGACUGCACUCAUAAAAGUCUUUGCUACUGUUCUCAGAAGGAAUAUAGCUUUAUUCUGAAGCCAAACUUUAUCAUACUUUCCAUAUCGUUUCUUUUUCUGGCCUAUGGAUGUAGCCCUCCUUUUGUCUACCUUGUGCCUUAUGCUCUAAGUGUUGGCGUUAGCCAUCAACAAGCUGCCUUUCUAAUGUCGAUUCUUGGCAUCAUAGACAUUGUGGGGAACAUCACUUUUGGCUGGUUAACAGACAGAAGUUUCCUUAAGAAGCAUCGAUAUUUCUGCUACCUCAUAGCCGUGGGACUGGAUGGAUUGUGUUGCCUUUUCCUGCCGAUUCUUCGGUGCUUCCAGUUGCUUGUGCCUUUUUCUGUUACGUUUGGAUAUUUCGAUGGAGCGUAUGUCGCACUGAUUCCAGUAGUGACUGGAGAUGUUGUAGGACCAUCAAAUUUGUCAUCUGCUCUGGGUGUGGUUUUCUUUUUACAUGCUGUGCCAUAUUUAGUGAGCCCACCUAUUUCAGGAUUGUUGGUGGAUACAACGGGGGAUUACACUGCAGCAUUCCUCCUAAGUGGAUUCUCCAUGAUAUUUUGUUCAGUUCUUUUGGGUUUCUCCAAAGUGAUAAAGAAGAUUAAGAACAAGAAGCUGUCACUAACUGUGCCUACAACAGAUACAAGACAAGAAAUUUGGACUAAUGGUGACUUGCCCCAUACGGUCACCGAGGAUCUGAAUCAGAAGGAGGUGUAACUGCAUUCUGUAAUACUGUGAGCACACGGAAAUGUCGGAUUUUGAUUUUUUCUGGACUUCUACUCUUGUGCAAUGUGACAACUUAUUUUUUUAUAAUCUGUUAUUUCUAGUUGGUAGAAGUUGCACCCACGGAUGGCUUGUGUGUAUUAACAAUACAGUAUCACGUUACUACAUUCAUCGCUAUUUAAGAAAGCACAUUUUUCUAAUUACAUUUGUAAUUUGCCAAUCCAAAGUUAUUUGUAUACCUGAAGAAGAGUUAUUUGCACAUCAAAUGCAGAAAUCCUGCACUUUACCAUGAAUAUCAUAGACAACAAAAAUGAAGUUACCAUGAUUACAAAGAAAGUGUGUCAAAACUGGAAAUUAAAAUUCAGAUCUAUUAUACA